AUGGCCCAUGCGGAGAACAUUACUGGGGGAAUCAACGAUGCGGCCGAGGAGUGGACCCUGAUCACCGCCAACGUUGGCGGCCAGAUCGGGCUAGAUGCCUACUUGUGUGAGCGUAUUGCAUCAGACGUACUCCUCGUGCAGGAGACCAGGAUUCUCGCCUCGUCGGUGGAGCCGACUGAGGCGCGCCUCCGUCAGAUCGGCUGGUCUGCCUCUCUCGCGGCUGCGCUGCCUGCGCUCGGCAACCCCACGGGUGGGUUGAUCACGGCCACGCCCAAGAGGAUUGGUCUAGGAGCGCUCGAGACGGUCUCCCAUGUGCUGCAGCCUGCGCGUGCCAGUCUUCACCAUGUGGGAGGGAUGAUUCGUGGUGGAUUCCUUGUUGUGAAUCUUUACUUGGUGCGCUCCGUCGGGGUGAAUGAGGUCAACUGGGACAUCUUGUGCCGCGUCGGCAGGGCCCUCAAGGCUGCAGGCACGGCGUUCGUGGUUGGUGGUGAUUGGAAUAUACCUCACACUGACCUUCAGCAGACGGGAUGGGUUGAUGCCAUGGACGCGGUCAUUGUUGCCCCUGCUGGCGGUAC